CCCAGCAGCUUGCCUGAGCAAAGAAAAUGGCUGAUGUGGCCUCCGGCUUGGAGGGGCUGGAUCUGGGGGCCCUGAACCCAGAGCAGCAGGCACAGCUCAUGGAGUUCAAGAUUAACACUCGCAUUGCCAAUGAGAAGUACUUGAGGUCUCACAAAGAAGUUGAGCUGCUGCUAUCAGGAUUUCUGAGAGAAGUUAUGCUGAGAAGACCAGAGAAUAUCCCUGAGUUUGCAGCAGAACAUUUUACGGAUCCGGAGCUUCCGAUGAAGACACAGAAAAAACUAGCGGAAAAAGCAAAGCAGGUGAAUUGAGAGAGAUGUGGCCCACUCUUUCCUUGCUGAAGCAGUAUAGAAAUUUAGGAGAUUUUUUUUUGAUGAUUCUUAGAUUUAUCCUCUAGAUUCUCUGGAAUGUGUUUAUUUUUAUUCUGAAGGCUUUGCAAUAUGGCUAAUAAUUCUCAGUUGUAUAGUGUCCUCUGGAGGCAGAGAGAGAGAUUGCACCAAUGUGUGUUGCUGGUGAUGUUUCAUGCUUUACAGCUGUACGUUCUGAUGGCAUCAUUAAAAUAGAUCUGCUGGUCAA